AUGGACAGUUACGUUCUCGUGGAAAACCAGCCAGCGUCCGAUGCGAACGACGAACACCAAAGCGAAGAGGUCGAUCUCGAUACGAACGAAUGGUUCUUGGAGCAGCCAGACGACGCGAACAACCGUCGCCGAUAUUCCAGCAGAGCGUAUACGGGUGGAAGAUCUUUAGUCGGCACAAUGGCUCGGAGCAUCGCCUGCCCCAUCGUGACCCUCUAG